AUGGUGACGCUCUUGAAGAAGCAACACACUGAAUUUGCUGUACAGAUCAGCAGACUACUCGAGCAUUUCAAGGUAAACGUAGGUAGGGGAGUGAACGUCCAUCCAUCCAGGAUUCUGACCAACAGAACGGUGAUAAUGUCUAACGGCUUAGUAAGUGUUACAUUCUCGAGUCCAGAUGGUGUCAUAACCGCUAUUAAUUAUGGUGAUAGUACAGAAAAUGUACUCAAUAUAAACACUAAAAUAAACGAAAGAGGAUAUUGGGAUGUUUAUUGGAGUUCUGGAGACGGCAAUAAUACCAAAGAAGAUAUAUCUUUAGUCGAAGAAACAUUGGCUUCAAACGUGGAAAGAAUUGAUGGUAAAAGUUUUAAGAUUAUUGUGCAAAAAGAAGAUCAAGUAGAAAUAUCAUUCAAUAGACCAUGGGACAGGAAGGCCGGAGCUCCUUUAAAUGUGGAUAUGAGAUUUAUUAUGCUUCGCGGAAGUUCUGGAUUCUACUCAUACGGCGUAUUCGAGCGUUCGAAUGAUUUUCCUAUGUCGAGGAUUGACCAGAUUAGAAUAGUUUUCAUGCUUCGUGAAGACAUGUUCGAUUACAUGGCAAUUUCGGACCAAAUACAAAAAGUAAUGCCAUCUAGUGAAGAUCGAGCCAAGGGCAAAGUUCUUAGUUACAAAGAAGCGGUUCGAUUGAAAAAUGGGGAGGUUGAUGACAAAUAUGAAUAUUCUCUCGACAACAAAGAUAACCGAGUCCACGGAUGGGUUAAUAGGAAACAUGGAGUCGGGUUUUGGAUAAUCACACCAAGUAACGAGUUUCGAAAUGGUGGACCUAUAAAACGAGACCUCACCUCCCAUUGCGGCCCUUUCGCGCUAUCUAUGUUUGUAAGCACUCAUUAUAUUGGGCUACCUCAAGCCAUGCACUUCAAAAACAAUGAACCAUGGAAAAAGGUUUUUGGUUCUGUUUUCACCUACCUUAACUCUAAUCCACAAACUCAAUCAUUGUGGGUGGAUGCAAAGAAACAGAUGAAAAAAGAAACUAGCGCUUGGCCGUAUAAUUUCCCACUUUCACCGGAUUUCGCUGUCUCCAAUAAGCGAGGGUCGGUAUCGGGUCGAUUAGUCGUCAAAAAUGGGUAUAUUAGACCAAAAACUAUACCAGCUGCAUCAGCUCAUGUGGGAUUGGCUGAACCAGGGGAUGCAGGUUCAUGGCAGUAUGAGAGCAAGUUGUAUCAGUUUUGGACUGAAGGAGAUGUUCAAGGGAAUUUUAUUAUUAAAGGUGUGAGGCCUGGAAAUUACACCUUGUUUGCUUGGGUCCCUGGAUUUAUUGGGGAUUACAAAUAUGGACCUAUUGUUACCAUUUCACCAGGAUCAAAUACAUUAUUGAACAAACUUUCAUAUGCACCCCCAAGGACAGGAAAUACUCUAUGGGAGAUAGGUUAUCCUGAUCGAACUGCUUCGGAGUUUUAUGUACCAGAACCUAAUCCACGUUAUGCUACCAAAUUGUCUGAUAAUCCCUUAGAUAGAUAUAGACAAUAUGGACUAUGGUCUCGCUAUAGCGAGAUAUAUCCGCGUGAAGAUCUUGUAUAUACGGUUGGAACGAGUAACUACUCAAAUGACUGGUUCUUUGCCCAUGUCACUAGAAAUUCACCACCGGGAAGCGAUGUUUUUGUAAGUACUACGUGGAAAAUCGUAUUUGGUCUAAAAAAAGUCGAGAAGGAAAAGAACUACACUCUCCGAUUGGCAAUUGCGGGAGCGGGAGCCACUAAAACUGAGCUGCAAGUGCGAGUGAAUAACAAUGGAAGUGCGCCAUUAUUUACAACGGGUCUAAUUGGAGGAGAGAAUUUGAUUGCAAGACAUGGUAUUCAUGGACUGUAUCGUCUUUACAAUGUUUUGUUUGGGGGUAAAGAACUUUUAGUGGGAAAAAAUGUGAUAUAUUUAACGCAAUCUAGCGGAGAAAGUCCAUUUAGAGGGAUUAUGUAUGAUUAUAUUCGCCUAGAAGGUCCUUCAUUUAAAUGA